AUGCAGGACUGUUGGACUACCUCUGCGGAAGCAAUCGGAUAUCAACGCGUACGGGAUCUCCCUUGCACCUUGCGACAUUUGCAGGUUGAAGGCGCCAUGGACUACACGACAGAGUUACUCGAACUUCCCAUUUGGAGCGUUGAUUCUUAUCCUGAGGAUGGCAGUCCUUCCGAGCAGACUCGAAUUUCUUAUGAGCGAGCAAGAAGUGUUGUCCAACAUGUAGGAAUGACAACCAAGGAUAUUGUGACACUCAGUCCCAAAUUCCGCGACUUCCACACAAACUUCCUCGGGACGCCUGAUAGUGCCGUCGCGACGAUUCUCAGCAUUCACCGGAACCUCUGCAUGGGAACUAUCGCCGCAUAUGCCGAGGACCAUCCGGAUUCGUACACGCGUGAAGUCCUCCUGGAGCUCCAGGAGUUUCAAUCCGUUGGCGAAUUCAUGCUGACCGAGGUUGCUCACGGCUCCGAUGCAAGUAAUCUGGAAACUACAGCGACUUACAACAACGAUGGAACCUUUGAUUUGCACACCCGGAGCCCCAUGGCAGCAAAGUCUAUGCCUCCGACCUCCCCAGAGGCUGGGAUGCCCCGGAUUGCGGUUGUGUUUGCGCAGCUCAUUGUGAAUGGAGAGCACAGAAGAAUCCGUCCCUUCAUCCCGUCGGCGCUCCUAGGAACUUUGAACGCCGCCCAGGGCCUACGCGGAGAGUUUUCCCGCCAAGUACAUCGGCUGACGGUCGACACAUUGUGUUUGGCUACGGGUUCCAUUCCCAUCCUUAGAGUUGCAGCCUUCGUGUUGGGGAGAUACAGCCAGCGUCAGCACGUAGCAGGUCCAAAGUUGGGCGAGAAAGUGCCCAAGACGUGCUUUGCUUCACAGCAUGGCGCUGCCUCGGUAGCAUUGACAUUGUCAUCCGUUCUAGAAGCCUACGCAGCAGCAGUUUGGGAAGCAUUCUGCUGGGAAAAGCAGCCCCAGCUUCGCGAUGGCCUUGCCUGCAUCUUUAAGAUGGCCGCAGCGAUCGAUACUCAGUCAGUCUUGAAUGAGAUGACUGACAGGUGCGGUUGGCAGGGCUCGUAUACACACAACCAGAUUACAGAGCUGGCAUCUUCUCUUCGUGCAAACUUGAUUGUGGAGGGUGACUUUUUAGUUCUGUGUAGUCAUGGCAGCAAUCGUAACGAGCUAUUCCACGCAAUGCUUCUUCCGCGAUGUCGAAAGCUGGUCCUCGCGGUCGGGCACAGGAUGGCGUACGAAGCCGCCGUGGACUCGAGUAUGGUGACAGUCGAAAUGCUUCGGCUUUAUGAGGCAGCUUGCAUGCUAGAGACUCCAGGAUGGUAUGUUGAGAAUACCAAAUUCACGUCAUCGAAGCUGGACGAGCACCACGCCAUGUUUGCGCGUGCGCUACUCCCUAGUUUGGACAGGUUGCUUGACGAAAGUGGUGCGGCAGCUUGGAUGACAGCACCGAUACUGACUGAAGAACGUUGGACGGACUUUGUUGGGAAGCUCCCUGAAUAUACCUCAGAUGGCUACAACAGCAACAGCAGCAUCGCCGAGACUAGCAGAAGUCGUGUACGGGUUAACGCUGGUGUUUGGAACAAUAACAAUCAUGCCAGUCUGUCCAUCCCAGUUGAUAGGGACUCGCGGGAUCCUGGUGAAUACAUGGAGUUGGAAAAGUUGAGGGCUUCCCAACCGGUAUCCAACCUCGCUUCUAGAAGUUGCAAUUUUUAUACGACCACCGCGGUCUCGAUAAUGGAGGGUGGCGGCCAUGGAACCAAGCCACACGGUCAACUCGUUGCAAAUUACGACGCUGAGACAUCUCCCCAAGUUGUCGGCAUGCAUGCAUUCGCAAUGUACCCUCCACCACCACCCUGCUUGGGAGAGUCGGAAGAAGGCCGCGGGUCUUCGCAAUUGCACACGCGGCGACUGUACUGCCAGCUGAGAUGCAAUGGAUGCAACUGCCGCUAG